AUGAGCGGUAAUGGUGCGGUGCAAUCCCCCGCCUUGGCGAAGCCCGUCCUAGACUUGUCGCAGGUACGCUGCAUCCCCUUCGACCAGUGGGUGCCGGAUGCACAGGUAGUUAACUGCAUGGCACCGGACUGCAGCAACAGCUUCUCUCUCUUUAACCGCAAGCAUCACUGCCGUAUGUGCGGGCACGUCUUCUGCUCCUCGUGCUGCAACAACCUCGUGUACAUACCAGCCGCCGUUGUGAACAAGGCGAAUAGCUCGACCGAGGGGGCGGCGGCGGCGGGCAGCUAUUCGGCAAUGACGAACACGUCCUUGAGCUCCGUUGUUACUCCCGAGCCGCAGCAGUUUAACCGCGCGUGUGCGAGCGACGGCAGUGCAUUGCCAAACGGGAUGCGGCGAGGACCACAGGCCCCCGCAGCGCAGGGGCUCGAUGUGUCCUCUGCCUCCAGCAGUGCACUGCUCCCCGGCCCUCUGCCAGUCUGCAGCGAUGGAAACGGUCACCCACCGUCUAACGCGCUCACCGCCCCGUCGGCAGUGACGGCGCUGCCGUCAUCAAUGUCUCCGUCCACGCAAGCCGCGGUGCCAUGCCGUGUGUGUGCCAGCUGCUCCUACGAGGUCCAGCUGGUGGUGUCUACUCGGCAGGAAAACGGCGAGCCGCGCCGCCGCAGCCGCGGUGAACUCAAGAUGAUCCAGCGCGUCCUCCUCGUCAACGUCAUGAGCUUUCUGACGCUGCGCGACUUGGCGAAUGUGUCGCUUGUCUCGGCGGACUUCUACUUCAUGUCCCGCGACAAUAUCAUCUGGUACCAGUACAACAUGACGCGGUGGGUUCAGGAGGCAAAGCUGCCGCGACUGUCGUCGCACAACUCGCGUGCUGCGGCGUCUCGAAUGCAGCAGCAGCGAGGACCCAGCUGGUGCACCUAUUCCUCGGGCAGUGGGCCCCGGAGCUCCUUGGUAGACGACAUGUUCUCGAGUGCGCCGGUGAUUCAAGAUGCCACCGCGCUCUCGGAGAGCGAGGCGGCGAAGCGCGUCAUCUCGUUGCACGCGCGGUACAACUACACCCAGUUCCUUGACUUUGCGCGACGGCAGGAGAUGGCAUGGUGUGAAGGACUGUCGUCCUUCUCGCUCGGUGCUCGCCUCUUGUUGUCGAGCCCUAUCCGCGUGGCGCUUGUGGGGCCAUGCGGUAUCGGCAAGACAGCCAGCGCUCACGCCUUCCUUGGCGAGAAGCCGUCACAGAUGGUGGUGCGGCCGACCAUUGGGUUUGAGCGGCGUGCCGUGAGAGUGCGGCUGGCGCGCGGACUCUCUGCGGAGGCCGUGCUGCACAUCUACGACCUCAGCGGCGCGGACCGCUACGGGGAGCUGCGCCGCUUCGUGUGUCGGCACUGCCAUGCCAUUGGCCUUUGUUAUGACCCGUCCCGAAAAGUGACGCUGGUGCAGGCGGCGGAUAUUAUGAUGGGGCUCGAGAGCGCUCUGGGCCCGCAGCCGGUAGUGGUUUGCGGACUGAUGCGACAGCCACAUCAUACCUCGAGCUCGGGCAGCGUACCUCUUAAUUACCACAGGGCCGGCCCCGCUCGCCUUCCCGCUGUGGUGUCUGCAGUCACUGCGGUGGGCCUCUCAGCGCCCCUGGUGCGGCGGGACCAAAGUUCUCACGCGGUGCCGGUCGGCUCUGCUGAGUCUGCGGCUGAGGCUGCUGGUGGCGUUGCAGGCGAGUCGAUGCUUGCCGCCCCAAUCUGCGGCGUUGCCAACGGUUGUAACACCUCACCUCGAGCCAGUAGCAGCCCUGCAGGUACUGCGGUCACGUUGCCCGGCGGUAUGGCAGAGAAUGGUGCCCACGAGAGCUGUGACCGACUGCAGGCUGACGCCGCGGUAUCGCCGAUGCCAUCACCUCCGCAGCCGCCGUUCGCCGUCGCCUCUCCGCAGAGUAGAGCGCUCGAAGUGUCGGUCGAGGACGCAGUGGGCAUCACCGUUCGAGGGCACUCGUCCAUCCAUUGUCCGCUGCUGCACCCGACCCCGUUGUUCGAGGCUCUUGUGCAGUCUGUGCUGGAUCUUUUAGUAGAGGCGACGGUGGCGAGCACGAGCACCAUAUCCGAGAUCAGCGCGGAGCUCACGACGCAUGGCAGCGGCAGCGGCCCGCAAAGCUUUCCGACGUGUUGUCCGAGCUCUCUGAGCGCUGGCAGUGCACCAGCGAACGCGACGCGAGUCGCUUCUACGCGCCGCCGUCCGCACGCAUCGCGGGCAAUUAUGGAGGACCUGCGGAACCUGACGAUGCAGCCUUGUGCACUGGACAUCUUGCUGGAUCGAAAGUAG